UACCGUGUAUAUCGAAAGAAUGAUGGAGCUGCAUUCUAUUUUUUAGCAUUCAUGGUGAAAAUUUAACCGGAUUUUAUUUUAUUUGCCGCAGUUUCGGGUAGAAAUACCUUAAAUUACAGAUAUUAUGGCAUCGUCAUCUAAUGUUAAUGGAAAUUUGGUAGAUGAAUUGGAGGAAGCAUUUCAGUCCUGUAUUCACGCCCUUACGAAAGAAGAAUCGGCUACCGGCGUUGAUAAGGAUGAGAUCAAACUGGAAGUGGACCAAACAACCCUCAAAUUCAUCGACUUGGCUCGACAGAUGGAAGCCUUUUUCCUACAGAAACGAUUUUUGCUGUCGGCAUUGAAACCAGAUUUGCUGCUGAAGGAGGAAAAUUUUGAUUUAAAACAGGAAAUCGCUCGCAAAGAUGAACUGAUUCGGAAGCACUACGAAAAAAUUGAAUCUUGGAAGAAUCUUCUAUCGGAUCAGCAAAACUACAACAAACCGAUUCAAUCAUUGCCGCCGGACAUGCGUGGAAACUUGUCAGGAGGUGUCCCUGGGGGGCCAGGAAUGAUGCCCGGAGGCAUGGGGAUGCCAAUGCAGAAUUCGAUGCAAGUUCAACAAAUGCAACAAGCUCAACAGCAACAAAUGCAAAUGCUGCAAGCCCAGCAAAUGCAGCAACAGAUGCAGUCAAUGCCAAUCGGAGCGAAUCCGCAAAUGUUCUCCCAGCCUGGCGGAAGUCGCGGCGUUGGUGCGGGUGGCCCUGGAUUCCAGCAAGGUCCCAACCUUCAAGGGCCGUUGGCUUAUCUGGAGAAGACGGCCAGCAAUAUAGACCUUGUAGGGAUGGGGGAUGGUCGAAGGUGACGCGGGCGGGGCAGGGGGCGAGGUAGAGGACGCGGGCGAGGCCGAGGCCGCGGACGUGGAAACGCUCCCGAGUUUCAUAGCGGUGCGUUAUCUUGAAAGAGGAUCAUUAUCUAGCCACGUUUAGACGGCGUCAUUAGUUUAUAUUACAAUAUACAAACAACAAUUACUCUCUCACACACAUACUAGAAAAGCAGCAAAACAUUCAAACCCUUCUCCUAAAGCCUGAUGGGGAAAAUAUCAAAAAUUCCUGCAUUGUUUUGGCCAAUCUAUAUAAACCCUUCAAAAUUGAAACGAAGAACACAGUCAGAAACCAAGCAUCCAAGCACGGGGACAAGAGAACACAGAACAGAAUCAAAUUAGCAUCAGAAGAAGACAGCUUGAGAACGGAAUUCAUUCUGAAAAUUUGAAGACUAAUCCAUCGAAUCAGGUUGUGUGUGUUGUAAUGUAAGUCUAGUACCUUGUCCUGAUCAAAUUUCAAAAAAAAGAUAAUCGAACGUAACGCUGUGAGGCGAUAAGAACCCGAUUGAACGCUAUAUUUUCCACAAAUUUCAAACCAACGGACGAAAGAUCCUUGAUCUAUACUCUUGGAAGAAAGUGAUUGUUCAUGUAAUCAGUCCCAAUCGAUCGAAGUAAGAGGCGGUUGAAACUUGUUUUAGUGCGAGAUAAAUUUUAACUUAAUUUGUAACAAUUUUGGUUUUGUAAUAAUCGUUAGAGUGAGAAUUUUUCUUCGUCUUUGUCUAUUAGUAAUGGCUUCCAUCUCAAAAGUUUUAGGCCAAUAUUUUGCUAUUUUCCUGAGACCGAUUCCUUUGGCAGAUUUGCUCUGUCUACGGCCAUGAUGCUGCACGAGAGUACCAUUUAACAAUUUUGGAAUCAUUAAUGAAUUAAUAAAAUAUGCAUCUUAGUA